AUAAUCCUUCAACAUUAUCUUUAUUUGAUGCUACUCAUAAUUCUACAAAAAAAAGUAGUAAUAAUAUGCAAAAUAUGCAAGCAUCAAAUUUAUUUCAUUCAUCAGCUGGAUUUUACUUCAUGUUUUUCCAUCCUACUAUGCUUAAGCAAUAUAAUAAUGAUUAUAAUUUUUUUACAAAUAGUUUACCACAAAUACAGCAGACAAAUAAUUCAGGUCCACUUCUAACUAUUCAUGAAUUUUUUGAAAAUUUAAAGAAAACUUAUGAUGAAAAUAAUUUUAAUGAAGUAAAAAACAAAUUUUUACAGAAGGAAAUUGAUGUUUUGAAUAUGCUUAGUCUUAAAGAUUAUGAUUGGCAAAAUUUAGAAAUAAAACUUGAU